ACCACAGUUCAGCUUUUGUGUUUUAAAGUUUGGAGUUGAGAUUUAGCUUUUGUUGUGUGCGUUGAACGAUAUAGCUCCUAAUCUGUAGAGAAAUACUUGUUGGGAACAUGAUUCGAUUACUCUUGAAAGUGUUGGUUUUAUACACAGUGCUUCUAUCCGUCUGUGGAGAAGGUGAAUGGAAUCCCAUCGACAAGGGUCAAGACGUGGACUUUAACUUCGAAGAAUAUUCUCUACAAGUUGAAACAGAAGGCUUUGGUUUGUUGGCAAUGAGUUGGUUGGACGGAAGGGAUCCCGCGUACCCGGUUGGGUCCAUCUACUUCAGUUUUGCAAAUGCAUUCAGUGUGCAGUACCAGAUUGCGUAUUGCACGGUAGGAGAACCUACGUUUACUCUAGCUGAUUCCAUUUCUAGUGAGAAGAGAACUUGGACUUUCACCCGAGACAAGGGGGGUUUGAAUGUCGCCAGUAACGGAAAGGACGUACUCUAUUUGGAGUUUGAGAAGGAUUGUGCUGAAGGAUGGCAAUAUUAUUGGGGCUUAACCCCUGCUGUCCUAAAGUUUGAGUCCUUGGACUCGGCAACCGAUCGAUACCGAGCAUUGGAAAUUGCUGGCUCCGCAACCGAGCCAGAAGGAGAAGGUAAUGAAGGAGAAGACAAGGGCGAUAAAGAAGACGGUGACGAUGAUAAAGAAGAAGGCGAAGAUGAUAAUGGUGGAGAUGACACUGAAGAAAACGAGGUCCGCUUCCACAUCCGAGGUCCAAAGCCCCAGUAUUCAGUUAUUGGAGAAGGUAGCUCUAUUACUUGUUCGGUAGCUGCUCCCGAUUCCGUAGAGGAUGAAACUUUCAUGAUGACCAUUAACGGCGACGAAUGGAAUGGGGAAGCGCUUGAUGAACGUUGGGCUGGAGCCGGUUUCGUUUUCUCUACCUUUGAUCACGAAAAUGGAACGAUUGAAACUACUAUCGCGGGGUAUUUGGACAAUUUCAUAGAGUCGGAUAACAUGACAGAAAUCAGAUGUUAUUCGAAGAAGUACGACGGGGAAAUAUCCAUGACCAUUGAACUACGAGACAAUCAUGAAGGAGAAGGUAAUGAAGGAGAAGACAAGGGCGAUAAAGAAGACGGUGACGAUGAUAAAGAAGAAGGAGAAGAUGAUAAUGGUGGAGAUGACACUAAAGAAAACGACAGCUGUCACUUCCCUGACUUUAUCCCCGGAGGAUUCAAGAUCUGGGAACAUGAAUCAGUAUCGGGCUACCAAUGUUACCAUCCCUUCGUCAUGACUCCAAACAUGGACAUGAUGAUGGGAUACAUGUCUGAGGAUGAGAACGCAAAUGUUUCUCAGGCGUACAUGGAUUUGUAUAAUCUGGCAUUUUGUAACAAUAUGACCAUGGGUGCGAUUUACUUCCCAGAAUGCAGGGAUCUUCACGAGGUCCCGCAUUGUGGGUUACCCAACUAUAUUGAGCAUGGAAAAGCUGUCGAGUUCAUGUUCAAAGAAGACUAUAGUGAAGAUGAUAAAGAUGACGAAGAUCAUGAAGGCAAAGGAGAACCCGGAGAUGACGAAGGCAAAGAAAAACCCGAAGGUGACGAAGAUGGCGAAGGCAAAGAAAAACCCGAAGGUGACGAAGAUGGCGAAGGCGAAGAUAAACCCGAAGGUGAAGAAGAUGGCGAAGGCGAAGAUAAACCCGAAGGUGAAGAAGAUGGCGAAGGCGAAGAUAAACCCGAAGGUGACGAAGAUGGCGAAGGCAAAGAAAAACCCGAAGGUGACGAAGAUGACCAAGGGAAAGAAAAUCGUAAACGAAGAAAUGUAGAUGAAAAGGAUGAUGAAAAUGAGGGAAGCAAAGGAGAACCUGUAGACGAAACUGCAAAUGAGGAAAGCAAUGAGGAAGAGAAAGAUGAUGAAAGCGAUGAUAAAAACGAUGAUGAAAACGAUGAUGAAAACGAUGAUGAAAAAGAUGAUGAAAAAGAUGAUGAAAAAGAUGAUGAAAAAGAUGAUGAAAAAGAUGAUGAAAGUAAUGAAGAUCACGAAGACAAGGAAGACACUGACAGUGAUUGGGAUAUGAUGGCUAAAAUGCUUCCCACUAUGGCGAAAUAUGAAUGUGAAGAAGGGUACAUAAUGCAGAGAACUACUAGGAAAGAAGAUAUGGGUAACAUGGGGUGGUGCCGUACAGACGGAUCAUACGAAAUCCCUUAUUGCGUAUCCAUGAACAACUACACGGGGCUAAAUUUCACACUUGACAACGGUAGCGACAAGAAGUUUGCUGAUAAAAGUGGAAGACCGUUAGCAGGAAUUGUAUCAGUUAUGUCAGUUGAUGCAUAUGGUAAUUCCUUGUCCAGCAAUACCUGGCAGUUGGUGUGUAAUGACGGAUCUAAUGACUUCGCUGCCGGCGCUAUCUGUAGAUCCCUUGGGUUUAACCAUGGUGAACGCAUGCAACCGACCAAGAAAAUGUCCAAGCCAAGUAACAACGACAAGGACUCAAGUAACAACGACAAGGACUCAAGUAACAGCGACAAGGAGUCAAGUGAAGGCGGAAACGAGUCAGGUGAGGGUGAAGAGAAACCAGUUGAAGACGGAAAGAUAAACUGGGGCUGGACAAACUUUUCUUGUGAUUACGAUGAUACUCUACCUCUAAGUUCAAGCUGCAGAGCGACCCGAUAUGAGGACGCAAAAGAAAUGAUGGGAGUAACAGCCACUUGCUUCGAUUUUGAUAAGAUGGCGAUCAGAUGUUUCGAAAAUUACUUUGACGUCAAAGUGAAUGUCAGAGCUAAAGGAAAAAAAAUGUUCUGUGAUGUAAAGGCGUCCAAAGGAAGCAACAGGGUCGGUCUGGAGGAAUUCAGCGUGAAGUUCCUGUUAGAUGGCGAGUAUUUGGAAAUAGAACAGGAAAGCAUCAGGCGUAAUAAAAAUCGGGGAUUCGCAACACCGUAUGAUUUGAAAUCUGCUGAUUACAGCUGUGUUAGCUGUGAGCUGUAUAUGGAUGAAGCGUUUGUGGGUGAAAGUGAGAGAUGUAAAAAGGAGAACUAAAA